AUGAAGAUGUAUUACCUUAAAAUGAUAUUGUUUAACUUUUUAAUUAAUACUUUAUUAUUACCACAUUAUGAAAAUUCUCAAAAUAAGCAUUAUAACAUAAGCCUCAUACAAAACAACACGCAAGGAACAACGAUAAAAUCAAGAUUAUUAGCACAAACCCAAAAUCAUAAUCCACAUUAUCAUAAUGAUCCAGAACUCAAAGAAAUAAUUGAUAAAUUAAACGAUGAAGCAAUAAAAAAAUACCAAAAAACCCAUGAUCCAUAUAAACAAUUGAAAGAAGUAGUAGAAAAAAACGGAACCAAAAUUAGAGGCGGAAAUUCUGCAGAACCUAUGUCAACGAUAGAAAAAGAUUUAUUGGAAAAAUAUGAAGACGUGUUUGGUGACAAAAAUCAUGCUAUGUUAAAAUCAGGUAGGUACCCAAAUGAUGAUGACGAAUCGGAUGAUUCAUCUUCAUGUGGAUGUACUGAUAUUAAUAAUGCAGAAUUAGAAAAAACAAAAGGAAGAGAUAAGUAUUUAAAACACUUAAAAGGGAGAUGUACCCGUGGUAUAUAUUCUUGUUCAGUCAUUAGUGCCUUUUUAACAAUGUUAGGUUUGACAGCUGCAAAAACUGCUGCCAAAGGUGCUCUUGCUGAGUAUGCAGCAUAUGAAACUUGUUUGUCCUCUAUUCCAAUAUUUAGUUUACCUGGUAAUUCAACUGUUUUUUCAGCUCUUCAAGCAGGCACUGAAAUUUGUGCAACUCAUGCUUCUGAUUUAGCUGGAAUUAUUUCAACUCCUGCUAUGGCCGCAUUUGAACCUUAUGGUAUAGCAGCUUUAGUUCUACUUAUAUUAGUUGUUGUGAUUAUAAUAUUAUAUAUAUGGUUAUAUAGAAGAAGAAAAAAUUCAUUGAAACAUCAAUGCAAGAAACAUUUAUGUAAGUAA